ACCAUUCAGCGCCUACAGCGGGAACAUGUGACAGGAGGUUGUCGCAGCCGCAGUGACGUAAGCGGGAGUCAUGACGACUACAGAGCGUCCUUACGGCGGCCUGACUGCUGAGAACCGCAAGCCUCUAUACCGCAGAAGAUAUCGGGAAGAAAUGUCACAGUGACGUGUACUAGGAUGAUUUCCAGAUACAAAAGGAAACCAGUAUCGCAGACAUCACAGAUAAAUCUUUCUCUCUCUAGUAUUCAGACCCUUUCUGAAGCUGCAGAAAACCGUCCCCAUCCAGACAAAGGAGAAGGAUUUCCUGGCUCUCUUGUCGGUCACAAAUAUGACGAGGCUUCCGAGUGUGAAAGCAUCUCAGAUGUUUCGGAAAAUUCAGGAUUCCCAAGGAAUGACACGGAGGUUUCAUGGUCAGUGUUUCAGAGUUGCACCGGCCUGUCGACGGACAACAGCUCAGUUUUAUCUUGGGGCUUUGAUGAGUUUGACAAGGCUGCAACAAGACAAGUGCAGAAGAUAUUUAAGCAAAUUGAUGAGUUGCUGUAUGAGCAAAAAGCCAGUACCCUGGUGGAAGGUCUGCAGGAAGAGUGCCAGCAAUGGACAUCAUCCUUCCCCCAUCUGCGAGUACAAGGCAAACAGGUAGUGCCACCUGCCGUUGACGGAUACAGCUGGUACUCUAGUCAUUCUGAAACUGCUGCCUCCAUACCCUUCAGUGCCACCCAUACAAAAGAGUCCAGUGAGUUGGGUAUUUUUGGUACAAAGUUUCCUCUCUCCACCCAUAGUGACACCUCUGCCCCGGGGUCUUUUUCUCUCUAUGCUGAAGAGAAUGAGGAUGAAGAUAAUGAAGGGGUUAUCAUGUCAGACGGUACAAUGGAGGAAUAUUUGGCUUUUGACUGCCGAAAUAAGGAUGAUGAAUUCUUUGAGUGGAACAGAGCGAUGUCCCUGGACAGCUUAAAGAUGGGCUACCCCCCAAUCUCUCCACAGUACUGUAAAAAAGAGGCAGUGCUGGCUUGUCUCUUUGAUGAUGUGUGGAAGGAAACAGUGGCAUGUCUGGAGGAACUCAUUUGUCGACACUGGGAGGAAUCCAUCACUGAUGACGACAGACAGGAUAUAGCCAUUAAAACUACAAGAUUAGAAACGCUCAACCCCUAUGCUCCUCUUCAGCGUCAUCCAUUGGUUCUACCUCCUGUCUCACAUUCUAAAAUCCCCCCCAUCUCCCCUAAUCUGGCCAACCGUUCUCAAGUAGGAAGUAUUAUGAAUCAACGGAACCUGAGCGACUUAAUGUUGAUUCAUGGAAUACCAUUACAGCAAAGGAACUUACAUCUGAUGGAGAAAGUUUUAGAUUCCGAUGAUAAAUCACCUAUGAGACCAACGUCUGCUGCACUGAUCUCUGGGAAACCAAGGCCAGGCCGCUCACUGGAGCACAGCUCCUCAUCACUGUCUCACAAUGUUCCUUCUGCAAGAAGACGGAAUCCUCCCCGUACACUCCAUCCCAUCAAUAACAAUCCCUCUAGGUCAGGAACACCAAAGAUGGAAGAAGUCAUCAGAGGAACACGACUUCAGACUGCAAAUGACCAGAUGCCCUGCUCUCCUGUUCCCUUUAACCGAAAUAAUCUCCUUCCACCAAUUGGUACUACAGAUACAGAAUACCAAAACCUGCCCGGAUCGCAGAGACAAACGCCAGAUGAUCAAAUGGGAAGAUCCUUUGUUAUUUCUGAACAGUCACAUCCACUUCGCUACAGAAGAAGUUCUGAAGGAAUAGAUUCCAUUAGUAUUGGAGUAACUGGUAUUGGUUUAAGUAUUGCCAGCUCCUCUGCCAGUUCUUUACAAUGGGGCCAAUCCAUAAAUGAGAAGAAAGAGGACAGAGAUGAUCAACACUCAGGAACCCCACUGCUUUUUAUGAUGAAGUCACAUAGUCGAGGUGGACCUCUUACCAGAAGCAGACAUGGACUUUAAGUUCAGCCUAUAAGGACAAUGUCAAAGACUAAUGUGUGGGUUUUGUAAUACAUUCGAUCACAAUUAACAGUUUGUUGGUACCUUUUGUGACCACACUCCUCAGCUAACAACGAGCAUCAGGAAUGGAUGGAUGUUCUCACUUGCCUAUACAGUACUUGAAGGAGAAGCAAAUGUUUGUAAAGUUAGACCGGUGACAGGGUUUAUCAGUAAGUAACGUAUUGCAAGCAUUCUGCCAGUUUACUUUAUAGCUGCAUGUAUAAGAAUCUCCACAAUAUCAAGACAAAACUUCAUCUUCGUUUCAGCAUUUUCCUAAGCUAUGUUUUUUUCAAGCACAGCUAAGUACCAAAGUCACAAACAAAAAUCCCCAAAACUCUGCUGGGAUCAAUUGCACUAAAUUAGAUGGAUCAACGUUCUUUUUUAUUCAUCCUCGUUUUCAAGGGGUAUUCCGGCUUUAUACAUCUUAUAAGAUGUAUAAUCACAGGGGUCCUGCCGCAUUCUGUGACGGGAGCUGCCUCCGAG